GUGAGAAAACAGAGACAGUCCCUGAAUGACUUCAUUCUCUUUCAGUGGCUGUUUGGUUAAUGCAGAGAAGCAGUCGUCCUGUCUCAUUAACGGAAGCCAUACAAGUUCAUUCACGAUAUUUCUCUCCGUAAUCAACACCUUUUAGUAGCGUGGAUUACAACUUUUGAUUUAAAAUUAACCUCAAAAAGCAUGGUCAGUGCUGGUGUGGUUGCUGGGUUACAUGUUGCCUGAUGUAGUGGAGUGUCUUGUCGUGCUUGCUGUUGCCAGGAUGCGUGAUGCCGUAAGCGAGUGAGGGGUGUGUGUACGACAGAGACGCCAUCGAUGAAGCUGUGUGCCACUGAUUUGACUGGAAAUUUGACUGACUGAGGGAAAUGCGGAUCACUGGAAGACCACAACAGCAACGGCAGAAAGAAACCCUGGUAACCAUGAACGGGCUCAUCUCUUCAGGCCUGUGUGGCGUUUUGUAACCUGGUUUAAAUUGUUUCUGGUGGCCUUCACACUUCGUGAUCAUGGGCUGGAAGCUCUCCUCCCAGAAGCUUGGCUUUUUCCUUGUGACAUUUGGCUUCAUAUGGGGCAUAAUGCUCCUACACUUCACCAUCCAGCAGCGGACACAGCAUGAAAGUAGCAGCAUGCUUCGGGAGCAGAUCCUAGACCUCAGCAAGCGCUACAUCAAAGCACUGGCAGAGGAAAACCAGAAUGUGGUGGAUGGGCCCUAUGUUGGGACAAUGACAGCGUAUGAUUUAAAGAAGACUCUGGCUGUACUCCUAGAUAACAUUGUGCAGCGACUGGGGAGGUUGGAAUCCAAGGUGGACACCCUGCUUUUCAAUGGCACUGGGGGAAACUCGACAAACACCACCAUCACUGUCGGUCCCGUCCCAGGGAACACCGAGAAAGUCAACGUGGCAGAUCUCAUUAAUGGGGCCCAGGAACAGUGUGAACUGCCUCCCAUGGAUGGCUUUCCUCACUGCGAGGGCAAAGUGAAGUGGAUGAAGGACAUGUGGCAGUCAGACUCGUGUUAUAGCAGCUAUGGUGUGGACGGGUCCACCUGUUCUUUCUUUAUUUAUCUCAGUGAGGUUGAAAACUGGUGUCCUCGUCUUCCAUGGAGGGCAAAAAAUCCCAAUGAAGACUCUGACCAAAUGGAAAAGUCUGAAAUCCGGACGGGUUUGGAGGAGCUGUACAGAAUGAUGUCCAGGCGUGAGGAGUUCCGCUGGAUGAUUCUGCGGAUAAAGAGAAUGGCAGAUGCCUGGAUGGGUGCCAUCCGAUCCCUGGCUGAGAAGCAGAACCUUGUGAAGCACAAGCGGAAGAAGAUACUCGUUCACCUGGGUCUCUUGACAAAGGAAUCAGGUUUCAAGAUUGCAGAGAAUGCAUUCAGUGGUGGCCCCCUCGGUGAACUGGUACAGUGGAGUGACUUAAUUACAACCCUCUACCUACUGGGCCAUGACGUCCGGAUUUCAGCAUCACUGGCUGAGCUGAAGGAGAUCAUGAGAAAGGUAGUUGGCAACAAGUCUGGCUGCCCAACCAAGGGUGAUAAAGUGGUGGAGCUGAUUUACAUCGAUAUUGUUGGGCUCGCUCAGUUCAAGAAGACGCUUGGUCCUUCCUGGGUGCAUUACCAGUGUAUGCUUCGUGUGUUGGAUUCAUUUGGCACGGAACCAGAGUUCAACCACGCUCAAUAUGCACAGUCGAAGGGACAUAAGACCCCAUGGGGGAAGUGGAAUCUGAAUCCCCAGCAGUUCAACACCAUGUUUCCGCACACACCAGACAACAGCUUUCUUGGAUUUGUGGUGGAGCAGCACCUCAAUGCCAGUGACAUAAAGCAUAUUGAUGACAUCAAAAGGCAAAAUCAAUCCCUUGUGUAUGGAAAAGUGGCUAACUUCUGGAAGGACAAGAAGAAAUAUUUGGACAUUAUUCAAACCUACACGGAGGUCCACGGCACGGUUCACGGAACGAGCACAGCCCACCUGCCCAGCUACGUGAAAAACCACGGCAUCCUCAGUGGCCGGGACCUGCAGUUCCUACUGAGAGAGACCAAGCUGUUUGUUGGCCUUUCCUUCCCCUAUGAAGGGCCAGCUCCAUUGGAAGCUAUUGCUAAUGGCUGCACUUUCCUGAAUCCAAAGUUUAACCCACCGAAAAGCAGCAAGAACACAGACUUCUUCAAAGGCAAGCCAACUCUGAGAGAGUUAACAUCUCAGCACCCCUAUGCAGAAGUGUAUAUCGGGAAACCUCAUGUCUGGACAGUCGACAUCGAGGAUCCUGUUGAAGUGGAAAAAGCAAUCAAAGCCAUUCUAAGCCAGAAGAUUGAGCCAUACCUGCCAUAUGAGUUCACCUGUGAAGGUAUGCUGCAAAGAGUCAACGCUUUCAUCGGAAACCAGGAUUUCUGCCACGGUCAAGUGAUGUGGCCGCCCCUGAGUGCGCUCCAGGUGAAGGUCACUGAACCAGGGAAGUCCUGCAAACAAGCCUGUCAGGAGAAGCAGCUAAUCUGCGAGCCCUCCUUCUUCCAGCACCUCAACAUGGACAAAGACCUGCUCAGGUAUGGAAUAGAAUGCCAGACCGUGGAGUCUACAAAUGACAACGUGGUGCCGGCCUAUGAUGAAAGGAGGAAGCACUGUGUUUUUCAGGGCGACCUGCUGCUCUUCAGCUGUGCUGGAGCUCAUCCAAACCUUAAACGCAUCUGUCCUUGUCGGGACUACAUGAAAGGACAGGUUGCACUCUGCCAGGGGUGUCUCUAGCAGCUGCCAAGCGUCAUGAAGCAAUGACAUAAGAGAUCCACACAUGCCCAGAGCCCAGUAACAGGGACCCACUCUACUGGGCAGAGAAGACACACCUGCCUAGUUAAAAGGAAAACAAUCUGUAUCUUCUCUUUUCAAAAAGGAAUGUUUGAUGUUAGAAAAGACAGUAGAAUUAUAAUUAACACGUACACAAGUUUGAAAUGUACACAAAAUGGAAGAGUAUCUGGAGAAAAUCGAGACUGAUGACAAAAGAAGUGGCCACUUAAUACACAGUUGAGGUCCAGUGAUUGUACUGCUGUGCACAUUGCAAUGGCCCAGGCACUAGAAGUUACACAAACUCAAAUCAAUCCAACUUAAAUAAAAUGACGGAGGGGCUGAAAUGUUUGCAUAAAGAACUGUCUACUGCCAGACCCGGCUGGUUGUGGUGCUAAAAUGUUUAACGUGGCAUUGAUGUGCUUUUUGAACAUUUACCUAUUUGAGAAUUCAUUUCCAUCUCCAAAUUUCGACGGGGGACCAAUAAAGAAGGUGCCGGAUAAGAAAGUGGAUCAUUUGAAUGUCCAGCCUCUUAUUAUCCAAGAGAUAAAAAAUAAAAAAAAACUUUGAACUAGGUUUUCAACAGAUGACAUCCACGGAAAUCAUUUAACUCCUAGGUUUGCUCUAGUUGGUCCUGAGAUAUUAGAAAAAAAACUAACAAUCCUAGAAAAGAAUGUUAACUGUAUUUGUAAGUGUACCAGUCUCAUGUUAUAUAAAUGUACUGCCUUCCAUAGCCAGUUACAUAGAAGAGUGUGUGUCGGGAAUAUAGCAGUAGAUUUGAUCAGUAAGCUGUUAAUAAACAAGGCGUAGUCUGCUUACUAAAUGGUAAUAUGCAAUAUGUAUAAAAUCAUUGUGUGGUUGCAUCCACAUGUGUCGUGCAAACGUGUCAUAUCUGUGCACCUUUAUGUUCCACUUGUUAGUCAGAUGUCCCCAGUUAUGGUGGCUGCAUGAUUCCAGUCAUCUCUUUUGCCUACCUAAAAUUACCCAAGGGCAAAGUGAAUUGCUUCUGUGAAAAGAACUACAUUGGGAAUCAAAUGGUUAUAGAUCAUAAGGACAUUUUUAGUAAGAUGCAGGUGCAAGGCGCUGUUUUUAGGUGUCUGGUAACAAAUAAUAGUGCAAAACUAGACUCUGCUUCACACCCUAAUUACAGAACCCCAAGUAACAAAUCAGCCUGGGGCUGUGCCAUGUGGAAAGGCAGUUUUUAGUUCCUGCCUAAAAGCAGCUGGCAGUGAGCCUCUGGUAGGUAGAGGGGAGUCUGUGAACAAGGCUGCUUAGGCUCUCCCUGAUGCAAAAUGUUUCUUGUUUUUCAUUUGGCUCCUAUAGGUAGCAGGGUUACAGCAAAGAAAGAAGCAGAAAAAUCAAACAUUUUAAGGUGCUGUAAAAGAAAAUGCACUAUCUUGAGGAAUAUAUUUGCUAAAACAAUACUGAAGGUAUAAUUACACUGUAUAUUGUUGAAGUGGAGUUUGUAAAUCUUUAUUAUUUAUUUUGAUUACAGAGUUAUUGCUUUAAAUGUCUGCUAAAAAUUGUAAUUUACUUAUUUUUUGCAGUUUAUUUAUGAGACACGGAAUCUUUUUUUUUUUUAGAUUUUAUUUAACAAAUAAUUUAAUUUACAAAACAAAGAAAUAUAUAGUGGCAGUUCUUUAAUUCACUUUUUUGAGGUGCUAUUGUGCAUAAAGGAAUAUAUAUAUAUAUAUAUAUAUAUAUAUAUAUAUAUAUAUAUAUAUAUAUAUAUAUAUAGUUCACCCUAUUUCUUAUGGUAUAUCCAUAUUUUUGUUAUCCACGUAUUUAAAAAAAAUAAUAAAACAUACACGUUUUGAGAAUAAGCUUUGUUCCGUAAAGCUUUUUACUGUAACCUUAACUUUAAAAAAUAAAAAUAAAAAAAAGACAUGUGCCUGUCUUUUUGUUCGAUAGUUUUCAGAGCACAGGAAGACGGAACAAGAACGGUCAUAGGCAGGGCUAUUUGAUGGCAGGGGACUUAUUGGGUUAUAAUGACUUGCAAUGAAAAUGAAAACAUUUUGUAUUCUCAUUUAAUAGCACCCAACUUGGUUUAAAAAAGCAUGCUUAAUUUAUUUUAUUUUUUAAAAUGAAGGUAUUUAUAUGCUUGUUAUUUCUCCAAAGUCAUCCUUGUACGACUGCUGAGUGGAAACUCAAUUACACAGUAAUUGCUGCAUGUUCUCUUGAAACAGAUGUGGGGGGUUUAAUGGGAGAAAGAAACUAUAAGAAAUGUGUCCUAUAUGUUCUAAAUGCCAGUAAGAACCUCCUUUUAUAUUGUAUACACUACGCAAUUACAUUUGUAAAUAGAGAUUCUGCAUAGUUCUUUUUUUUAGUUUGUUGUAUCGAAGUCUUAUUAUUUCUUGUCAUCAUUAUGUUGUUGCUUAAAUGUUUGUAAAUAAAGAGACAAUUACCUGCAGCCAAUAUACUGUUUUGAAGUUCAUAAUGUGCCUUUGAUCAGUAGUAGAUUUGCUGUUGUUUUGUCCACAGAUAGAGCUGGAGAAACUACUACUGCCUGAGUAGAUUAAAUAGAAUAGUCUGAUACCAUCUAAAUAGUCGGCUUACCUUUAAUGAAAAAAAUAAAUAAAAAUAAACAAAUAACCUUAAAACAGCUGUCUACAUAGAAUCUUAUGUUUGGAUCAUGCUAAGCAUGUUGUCAAUGCUGUUUUUCAGAUGUGUAAAUUGCUUUGUGAGGUGUAAUGUUUUUUAAGCACCAGUGGAUGCAUCUGUUCGUUAUUGUAGAUUUUUCUGUGAUGCAAGUUUCUCUGUUGAAGACAAUUCUUGUAAACAUAGAGAAAGCAUGCCUCCAGGAAAAUACAGGAUGGAGUGUCUGCUAAUUGACAAAACUUGCAAAAAAUGUAUUGCUUGCAUUAGCUGUCUCCCUCGACCUCGCAACUGUUUCAUAUUUAGAAUCCAUUUUGUCACAAUUGCUGUAAAGCCAUAAAUAUUUGCAAGCCUUUUAUUAUGUGUUUUUCAUUUUUGCUACGAAUAUCAAAUUACACUCACAAUACAUACUUUGUAUAUUGCAACAGGUCAGGCAACAUUUCUGGAGAAAAAUAGGUCGCAAAUAUUUAUGGCUUUACAGUAUUCCUUUUUAAUGUUUUUAGCUUGUUUUAAAGAAAAUGCACUCCUGCAAUUUGAAUCCAUUGAGUCGGCCUAAUGUCCCUGCUGUUAUUCCAGACAGAGGCUUGCAGCAGUCUGACAUGCACUGAAUGUGUGAGUGUUGUCCGUUUCUACACUCUGGCAGUCUCAGUCUAGCACGGGCAGAUUGUAUACUUUGUACAGCACUGUCUAUGAACUGACGGGUUCAGACUGGUUGCUUGUGUAUAAACUCAAGUAGUUGAAAUUAAAGAGAAAGAAAGAAAGAAACGUUUUUGAUGUAUAAUGCAGGAUAAAACUUUAUUUUUCAAUAAACCUUUUCUGUGACACAGAA